AUAGAUUCCUUUAUUUUGUUUUCCAAAGCUGUCAAGCUGUCACUAGUUUGAAUUCGUGAGCGUAAGUUAUGUCAGCUAAGUUUUAUAACUUCUAAAAUGGACAAUAAAAUAAGUUUUCUUGAACCUAGUUUAGAAAAACAGCUUAAGGGUCAUCGUAAUGGUAUCACAGCUGCUUAUUAUAGCCCAAAUGAGCAACAGUUAGCUACUAGUUCGUUAGAUAACAGUGUUCUGCUUUGGGACCUUCGCGGUACAAUGCGUAGCUAUAGGUUUCAAGGACAUGACGAAGCUGUAAUGGACGUUACAUUUUCGCCUUCGGGGAAAUAUAUGGCUUCGGCUUCGCGUGAUAAGACGGUCAGAUUGUGGGUACCCACUGUUACGGGCAGUACAGGAGUUUUCAAGGCUCACUCGCAAACUGUACGUUCUGUACAAUUUAGCCCUGAUGGUGGAAAGAUAAUAACGGCAUCUGAUGACAAAGUAAUUAAAUUGUGGUCUAGUGAUAAACACAAAUUCAUUGCAUCAUUUGUUGGUCACACUAACUGGGUGAGAUGUGCCCGUAUGUCCAAUGAUGGUUCAGUUAUUGCUUCUACUUCUGAUGAUAGAACAUUGAGACUUUGGGACCCAGCAAGUGGGGAUUCCAUUCAUACAUAUAAAAAUGAAAAAGGUCAUGGAUUAUAUUUGUCAUGGCACCCAUCAGGUUGUUAUAUUGCUGUGGGUACUGCAUAUGGUAAUGUUAAGCUGUAUGAUACUAGAACCCAUAAUUUGGUUCAGUAUUACAGCAUACAUAAUGAUGCAGUGACUCAAGUCGCAUUUCAUCCCAGCGGAAGUUAUAUAUUAACAUCCAGUAAAGAUGGAAAGAUGAAGAUAUUAGAUUUAUUAGAAGGUCAUCCCAUUUUUACUCUCAGUGGGCAUAAUGGAGCAGUUAAUGCAGUCAAUUUUUCACCAAGCGGGGAUGCAUUCACUUCAGCUGGGGAAGAUAAACUGGUAUUUAUAUGGAAAACAAAUUUCACUGAGAUUUCUAGUGAGUCAAAAGAGAAUGUAGCCCAAAAAUUAUCUGUACCUAAGUCAGCCUCACAGGUGUCAAGAUUAGCCACUUCAUCAACAGCAAAAAAUCAGGUGGGCAUAAGGAUUUGGUAUAAGUGUUACCACAGCACUCAAUAUCCAGCCACUACAUUCAUUCAUCUUGAUGAUAUAGCUGACUCUGCACAGGAAUCAGAGAGAUUAUCCAGCUUUCAAGAGCCCAUUGCUAAUAGUACUUUGGUUGAUACCUUUGGAAAUAGUCAACAAAAUCCAAUUCCAUCAUAUGGACUUAGUGGAAAUUCAGCAACAUAUUCUGCUGCAACCAAUUCUUCAGUUCAUUUUGUUGAUUCUCCUGCUGACAAUUCUUAUAGCGUGGGCCACAUGAGUCAUAUUCCCCGCACUCCACCCAGUCCUGCUACCUAUACAGUACCAUCUAUCAUAAACAGAAAUGUAGAGACUGAAUUUCAAUCAGAAGAUAUAUUUGGUAUGAUCAAACUUAAAGAAAAUGAUGUUUGUUAUACAAGUGGCACAAUAGAAUGGGUUGGCAGAAAAAGAAGUUUUCCUAUAAAUAGUGGUUUUAAAAUAAUAGAUGCUAGUAAACAAGUUAGUGAGCCAGUCAACAAGAAAAGUAAAAUUAAUAAUCAAACUUUCACAAUUGAUGAAAUGGGAAAACUAAGAGAAUGUAACUGUGCUGAUGUUCUUCCUACUGUUAAUGCUAUUGUUGACCAUUUAAAUGCUUUACAUGAGGCAGUUGAUCUUGUUGAUUUACGGUUAACUACACUGGAGAAUACUUUGAGUAAAAAUUGA